GUUUGAGCAAGAUGACGUCGAGCAGAAAUGUGUCUCUGUCAGAAAGUGUGUGUGAGCUACGGCUGUAGUGAUCCAUCAGGGCUUCUGUGUGUCUGAAUGAACUUUUUCCUGAAUGUUUUUCCUCUGACUCAUCACCCGGUAGCCUACAAAUCUAUUGGAGUUAGCUUAGCAUGCUAGCUACUAACACACUGACGGGGACGAAAGUUAGCAUCAAAGCGCCUGUCAGAGUGACUGAUGGAGAAUAAACAGUGUUUGGAUGUGGAGACAAAGUCUAAAAUGUCUAAAGCCCAAAUGCUGAGAGCGUUGGUGAAGCAGCGACUAACUGCGGCUGCUGAAGAGAUAUUUGGGCUGUUUGAAAGAACGAUAGCAGAGUACGAGGAGGAACUCUCUAGAUCAAAACAGGAGAAUGAGCGACAACGGAAACUACUGGACGCUGUUUUCAGCCCUCAGCUUCAGUUACACAGAGCAGAAGGCCAUCAGCUGUUGGUGGUUAAAGAAGAGGUUCCCCCUGAGCAGGAGUGGAGCUCCAUUCUGGACCAGGAGGACCCAGAGCCCCCACACAUUAAAGAGGAACAGGCGGAACUCUGGAGCAGUCAGGAGGGAGAGCAGCUUCAAGGGCUGGAGGAGGCUGAUAUCAAGUUCACAUUCACUCCUGUUUGUGUGAAGAGUGAAGACGAGGGUGAGGAGAUACCUCAGUCUUCACAGUUUCAUAAGAGACAAACUGACCAGAUGGAAACAGGAGCUGAUGGAGAGGACUGUGGAGGACCAGAACCAGCCAGGGACUCAGAUCCAGAUACACAUUUACAACCAGUUAGUGAAGAUGAUUCUCUGGACUCUUCUGAGACUGAAGUCACUGCUGAUGAGACCAGAGACCCUCAGUCAGGUUUACAUUCUUUGAAAAACAAUCAAGUUCCUGUCAAUGAUUCAAGAAGUAGCGCUGGUCAGAAACCAUAUAGAUGCUCUGAGUGUGGGAGAAGAUUUCUUAAAAAGGGAAGUCUGAAGCAACACAUGAAAAACCACACAGGAGAUAAACCUUUCAGCUGCCCAGUUUGUGGUAAAAGAUUUUCAGUCAAGUCACGAAAGGUGACACACAUGAGAAUUCAUUCAGGAGAAAAACCUUUCAGCUGCUCUGUCUGUAAGAAGUCAUUUGCGUGGAGUGAAAAUAUACAUGCACACAUGAGAACUCAUACAGGAGAGAAACCUUACAGCUGCUCCAUUUGUGAUAAAAGUUUUAGACAAAAGAUAAAUCUGACCCAGCACAUGACGCAUCACACAGGGGAGAAACUGUACAGCUGCAGUGUUUGUAACAAAAGAUUUGCCUGGUCAUCUCAGGUCACAAGACAUAAAUGUGUUGGUCGUCAAACUCAUGAGAACAGAGAGGCAGAGCCUCCAGCCGACAGCUUAACUGAACAGAUAGAAAGAGAAGCUGAUGGACUGUGGAGGACCCGAACCAGCCAGGAACUCAGUGACUGUUUGAUGGAGAGCAAACAGUGUUUGGAUGUGGAGACAAAGUCUAAAAUGUCUAAAGCCCAAAUGCUGAGAGCGUUGGUGAAGCAGCGACUAACUGCGGCUGCUGAAGAGAUAUUUGGGCUGUUUGAAAGAACGAUAGCAGAGUACGAGGAGGAACUUUCUAGAUCAAAACGGGAGAAUGAGCGACAACGGAAACUACUGGACGCUGUUUUCAGCCCUCAGCUUCAGUUACACAUAGCAGAGGUCCAGCAGCUGUUGGUGGUUAAAGAAGAGGUUUCCCCUGAGCAGCAGGAGUGGAGCUCCAGUCUGGACCAGGAGGACCCAGAGCCCCCACACAUUAAAGAGGAACAGGAGGAACUCUGGAGCAGUCAGGAGGGAGAGCAGCUUCAAGGGCUGGAGGAGGCUGGUAUCAAGUUCACACUCACUUCUGUCCCUGUGAAGAAUGAAGAAGAUGAUGCUCAGUCCUCACAGCUUCAUCAAAGACAAAUUGACCAGAUGGAAACAGGAGCUGAUGGAGAGGACUGUGGAGGACCAGAUCCAGAUACACAUUUACAGCUAUAUAGCAGUGAGAAGACCCCACAGCAUCACCAACAACAAUCUGAAGUCAGUGAUGACUGGAAGGAGACCAGAGAACUUCAGUCAGGUUUGAACUUUCUGAAAAAUGACAGACGGGAUUCCUGUGAGAGAUCAUUUUGCUGCUCUGAGUGUGGUAAACGAUUUAACCAAAACUCAAAUCUUAAGACACACAUGAGAACUCACACAGGAGAGAAACCUUUCAGCUGCCCAGUUUGUGGUAAAAGAUUCGGUCAGAAGGCGCACAUGCAGAACCAUUUGAAAUGUCACACGGGAGAAAAACCCUACAGCUGCUCACUCUGUAAUAAAUGUUUUUCACGGUGUGAACAUUUACAGUUACACAUGAGAACCCACACAGGGGAGAAACCAUUCAACUGCAGCAUUUGUGAUGAAAGAUUCACAUGGCUUUAUCAGUUCAAAAAUCACAAGUGUGGCAGUGACUCAUCUCAGCUUCAUGAACUCUGGAGCAGUCAGGAGGGAGAGCAGCUUCAACGGCUGAAGGAGGCUGAGAUCACCAAGUUUCCUUUGACUCCAGUUUCUAUGAAGAGUGAAGACAGUGGACAGAAAGCUCAGUCCUCACAGCUUCAUCAAAGACAAACUGAACAGAUGGAAACAGAUGGAGAGGACUGUGGAGGACCAGAACCAGCCAGGAACUCAGAUGCAGAUGCUCUUUAGUCACAUGGACUGAUAUAUAACUCAUUCAUUGGACAGUUCUAGUGAUGUCAUCCUGAAUUCUUAAGGCUUGUUUGAGAUGAGCUGCAGCUGGCCUUGUAAGACGUAACCGAUCGGGGCGUUAUCAAAAAGCAUAAAGUCCAACAGCUCAGAGUUUGUUUGACUCGACAUGCAAAGGUGGAAAUAGCUGAGAAAGUGGAUGCGAUAGCCUCUGUUACUGUAUGGAGAUGAGCACAGUCCAUGACAGUAUCAAUAUAUAUGAGAAAUAUGAUACUAUUUGCUGACUGGUCACUUAAAUUGUGCAAAAGACCUUUGACAUUAUGAGUGUUUUUGUACUAAUACCAGUAAGUCAAAAGCUAUUUAAAUAAAGAUAUAGAAAACAAACAAAAUAUAAUUCAUAAAUAAAAGUGUCAUGGUGCGUUCACAUCAAACAUGAUGUGAGCGCCUUGCAUGGCGAGAUUACACACAGAGUCAGUGCUAAGAUUGGAAUAUACACCGAUCAGCCAAAACACCAAAAAACACUGAUAGGUGACGUGAACAACAUUGAUCAUCUUGUUACAAGGCAAUAUUCUGUUGGGCAACCUUGGGUUCUGACAUUCAUGUGGAUGCCACCAGACACGCUCCACCCACUUGCCAUCGACAAGUGCCAUUGCCAUAAGGGGGUUUAUUUGGUCUGCAACGGUGUUCGUGUGGGUGGAGCGCAUCAGGUAGCAUUUACACGAAUGCCACGAUCCAAGGUUUCCUAAUCGAAUAUUGCACUGUAACAAGAUGAUCAAUGUUAUUCACUUUACUCGCCAGUUGUUUUAAUGUUUUGGCUAAUCUGUGUAUGCAAACAUGCUGGGAGAUGUGAAGACACGAAAUUUGUCGUAGUCUCGCAAGUUGAAAUUUCAGCUUGAGUGAGAAAUUUGCGUGCAUGUAUCACAAAAGCCUAUCAAUAACAUCCGCCAUCGCAUGAUUACGGAGCUGAGGAUAAGUGCAGUCGGAGUCUUUUAACACUGUGGUUGUCUUUUCCUAAGUCCUUAUGAAUUCUCUUGACCUCAUGACGUUUUCCAUCAACAUCAAGGAAAAGUUGUUAGGAAAAGAGAUUUUUUUUUUUUUUUUUUUUGGACUAUUCGACCGCAGCCAUUGAGUAUAAUCAAUGGGCUCAUUCAGUCACCCCACAACAUGCCAGUUAGAUUUGUGUCUGACUUGAUUCCAACUUGCUCUGACGUCAGCAAAAUGAUAAUGACAAUGAUAUUCUCACGAGAUUGCGGCGGCCGAAGUUUUAGAGCCAGGCACUGCAGCUGCUUUCCACGAACUGCAAGACCCAGAGCAUGAUGGGAAAUGCCUGGCUGUCACUUGAUCUAACAGUUGAUUGGUUUAGAUGAUGAUUCAACAAUAUGACAUUUUAGAUAAACUUUUCACUUUUGUUAAAUGUCAGAUUUAGAUUCGAUUUGUCUGAUUUGAAGGUUUAUUGUGUUAACAGAGAACAUGCUGUAUGACUGAUGGUGCCUUUUCGUAUUCAGCCUAAAUACAUUCAUCUUAAACUAUACAUAGUAGUCUGUUGUACGUAACAUUCCUCUGUGUUUGAUUAGAAGGUUAAUGUUUUUCAUUUAUUUAUGUAGUUGGACGGUAACAUGUCUGCCCAGCAGAUUUACAUACAGCAGCAAACUGAUAUGAUGCUGUUAUACAUGACAUGUAAAAUGGAGGUUGCACCAUGAACCAGUAAAGCAUUAUAUAUAAUAGGUCACUCGGUCAUGAUUAAAACAACUGGAGGCUGUGAACAAGCUGAUAUAUGGGUCUGAUAACAUUUUAAUAAAUUGAGCUCAGAUCUAACAGGAUGUGAGUGUUUCUGUGACUUCCCGUAUGGACUGAAGGCUGCUGG